GUAACCCAGCAGCCCAGAGCUUGUUGCCGCGGACCCCUGCAUGUGGCCAGCCAUAAAGCCGGAGGACUGCAUGAGAGCAGUCUUGAAUACCCACUGUGUGCCAGGAAGUCAGAAGCCCUGGGAUAUAGCAGGCUGGAAGCAGGGUCCCUGCUCCCAUGGGCCUUCCACGUGAAUGGGAGACACUGGGAAGAGACCAAGAGCCCAGGAAGUGGGUGGCCACCAUGAUCCCUUGGGUGCUCCUGGCCUGUGUUCUCCCUUGUGCAGCUGACCCACUGGUGGGUGCCUUCACCCACAAGGACUUACAGAAGGGCUCCCCUCAACUUGUCUGCAGCCUGCCUGGCCCCCAGGGCCCACCCGGCCCUCCGGGAGCACCAGGACCCUCAGGAAUGGUGGGAAGAAUGGGCUUUCCUGGUAAAGAUGGUCAGGAUGGCCAGGAUGGAGACCGGGGGGACAGUGGAGAGGAAGGUUCACCUGGCCGCACAGGUAAUCGGGGGAAGCCAGGACCAAAGGGCAAAGCUGGGGCCAUAGGGCGGGCCGGCCCUCGCGGUCCCAAGGGAGUCAGUGGUGCCCCGGGACAGCAUGGCACACCGGGCAAGAAGGGGCCCAAGGGCAAGAAGGGGGAUCCAGGCCUCCCGGGCCCCUGCAGCUGCGGCAGUGGCCAUGCCAAGUCAGCCUUCUCGGUGGCAGUGACCAAGAGCUACCCCCGAGAACGGCUGCCCAUCAAGUUUGACAAGAUCCUGAUGAACGAGGGCGGCCAUUACAAUGCAUCCAGUGGCAAGUUUGUGUGUGGAGUGCCGGGGAUCUACUAUUUCACCUAUGACAUCACGCUGGCCAACAAGCACCUGGCCAUUGGCCUGGUGCACAAUGGCCAGUACCGCAUCCGGACUUUUGAUGCCAACACGGGCAACCACGACGUGGCCUCAGGCUCCACCAUCCUGGCCCUCAAACAGGGGGAUGAGGUCUGGUUGCAGAUCUUCUAUUCAGAGCAGAAUGGGCUCUUCUAUGACCCUUACUGGACUGACAGUCUCUUCACGGGCUUCCUCAUCUAUGCUGACCGGGAUGACCCCAACGAAGUGUAGGCAGAUGACAACAAAGGUGUCCAAGGAACAGGUUCCUGGUCUGCUACUCACAGAGUAAGACCCCCCCAGCUGUCUGUGGGUACCAGGAGUCAGGAACUUCUAGAUUGGAGCCAGCCCCCUCUGCCUCCUUUUGCUCAAUAAUUAAAGCCAAGCUUUCAU